CCAAAUCUCACUGCUGCUUGACCACCACCGACCUUACCUGCUCCUGUGACUGUGCGCUGUCCUCGUUGCUGGAGGCUACUCGCCUUGUAGCCGUCCAUCGCAUCUCCUGAUCCUCCUCGACAGGUAGCGAAACCCACCACCACUUCCUAUCUCCUUCCGCAAAGUGACGCGCUGGUAGACGCGCUCACGCAACACCCGAUCACAAUUGAGAAUGAGUUGGAGGGAGUGGCUCACACCCUGUAUAAGACAAAGAACAAUGACACAGCUUACGUCGUAUCCGGCACGGUGACUGCAUCAAACGACAGGAUGUGGCGGUUAUUGUACUUGCUCCUACUGAUUGUUCGCGUCUAUUUUGCCGUGUCGCCCAGUUAUCUUCACCCGGACGAAAUCUUUCAGGGACCAGAACCCAUUGCUGGAUAUUUAUUUCCUUAUCCAACUCGUCCAACAUGGGAAUGGACAUCUUCCCGUCCAAUCCGCAGUGUCUUUCCGCUAUGGCCAAUCUAUGGAUUGCCGAUGUCUCUUUUGAAAUGGACUUGGGCGCAGGAAGAAGAAGGAGAUCGCGUCGAUCCCACCAUCAUCUAUUAUACUCUCCGUCUUGUCAUGUUUGUUCUCAGUUUUGUACUGGAGGACUGGGCUGUUCAUGAACUGGUCCGCUCCCCUCGACGCUGGAUCCAGGCCGUCAUUUUGGUCACUUCUUCAUAUGUGACUUGGACCUUUCAAACACAUACCUUUUCAAACUCUGUUGAGACUCUUCUUGUUUUGUGGAGUCUGGUGAUGAUAGAGCGUAUCUUGCGCGACAAGAAACGGUCCGCGAUCACGUCAAGUGCUGUCCUAGGGUUUCUUUUUGUAUUCGGAAUCUUCAAUCGGGUUACUUUUCCCGCCUUCGUCGUGAUACCCGGCAUUCAACUCUUGCCACAUUUUUGGAAUAGACCUUUCUGCCUUCUUGCCCUUUCACUUUCCGGCAUUUUCUGGACACUAAUUGCCGUCAUCAUUGAUACGGCCUACUAUUCUGGACCAUCAGCCACGAGGUCUUUCGGUGCACUCUACGACCAUGUUCGGAAGAACCCAGUAAUCACUCCGCUCAAUAAUCUCCUGUACAAUACCCAGACCAGCAAUCUUGCACAACACGGCCUCCAUCCGCAUUAUCAACAUCUUCUAGUCAACCUUCCUCAACUUCUCGGCCCAGCAUUAAUCCUCUUAAUCGCGUCUGCCUACCCGUUCAAUCUUCGCAUCCUGAAAGGUAUGCUCUCCAACAAUCGGCUUGCCUCUGCUGGAGCAGGAUGUCUUUUCCUCAGCUUUAUUCCACACCAGGAACCCCGCUUCCUCCUGCCCACCAUCCCUCUGAUCCUGACAAGUAUUCGGGCUCCAACCUCUAAACUACUGUCAGUAUUUUUCUGGACGACUUGGGUCAUCUUCAACGCCCUCUUCGCAAUCCUCAUGGGCAUCUAUCACCAAGGUGGAAUCAUUCCAACGCAGCUUGCCAUACCUUCCCUGGUAAUACACUCGUUGAACACAACCCAUUCAGAUGCCCAUAAUGUCGAAGUCUUCUGGUGGAAGACGUACCCACCGCCGACCUUCCUUCUCGGCUCUGAGCCAUUGCAUCCCGCAACCAACAGGUCUCUGAACAUCUCCACUGUUCCGCUUAUGGGGUAUCCGCAAAAUGAAUUGGUCUUCAUGCUCAUGCAACACAUGCCGACAUGCGACCCUUCGCUUGUGGAACGCCUAAUCUUACACAAGGAGAAGACGGAUGUCUUUGUGGUGGCACCACUCAGCGCAUGGCGUCUCGAUGCUUCCAAUACCCAUCAACGUUCGUCCCAGCUUCCUUCUGCCCAAACGCCAGGCUUCGACUACCCUCCGGUCUCCAAUUUCAGUUUUGCAAUCGAUAUGAACCUUCCGCCUGCACAGUUGAGUUUGACCAAUCUGGCAGUAUUCCGCCGGCAUUUGAACCUAGACGACUUGGACUUUGGGGAUGAUGGAGUGUGGCCGACGUUGGAGAGAGUCGUGGGGAGGCGAGGACUGGGCGUAUGGAGGGUUGACCGUCUCUGCGGCCCAGUAGAGUAUGUCGAUGCACACACAGGGCGGAAACUGGCCACAGAAGAAGUAAAUAUUGAAGAGGCGGAGAACGACGAAGCUCACGAGGACCCGGUUCAAGGGGCAGACUCGUCGCUGGGGUCAAGUCUGCCCUCAUCCCAAGCAGUCAGUGUGUUGUCAAGUUCGACAUCGAUUUCCACCACAUCGGCGUCCGAGGGGGAAGGAGAGAGAAGAAUCAGUACCACCACAGUGCCAGCAGACAUGUCGACGCAGAAUCCGAGCAAUGAACUGUAAAGGAGGAAAGACCACCACGCCAUUGGAGUGCCACAGUGAUGGACGGCAAUGUAGAAAAUCAAAAGCGAAAGUUGCGACCGACCUCAAUGGGUAGACAUUACAGUCUCUUCUUCUAACUCGGGACAAAACAACCGCGUUCUGGUGGG